AGGGGCUGGGGCCCGAGGGACCGGCGCGGGGGGAGCUGAGGCUGGUCUGCAGGGCUGGAGCGGCCACAGGCUCUCGAGCAAGGAGUGCGGGCAGCGGAGGUGGUGCCGCUGUUAAAAUAGGUGUCAGGGACGUUUACCCUUCAGAGGGAGUUUCCCAGGGGACUGCUUAGGUUUGUGGUGUCCUCGGCCCCUUCGGGAUUUAGUUCUGUUGUUCGAAGGGCAGCUAAGAGGAACGAGGCUUCAUGUGUUAGGUAGCAGCAGGUUCUUCUGCUGAGCUACCCUUUAGAAAGCUGGCAGGGCUUGUUUCAGAGUUUGGGCAGCAGGUGCAUGGUCUCAUGUCUGGGAAGCUACAGCUUUUAGUAACCUGGGCACCGAGACCACCUGGAUUGCCAUUCUAGAGCCAUGCCAGCACUAGAGGCACCUAAACCCAGCAGAGCUGAGUCACCUGUGAUAGCAAAUGCAGGGAGGAGCAGGAAACUCAAGGCACCUGUGGCAUCAGAUCCGCCUAAGGCCAGCAGAAUGAAGCUGCAGGCAGCCACUAAAGUGUUGAACCCUCGGCGUUUUGUACGUGUCCAGGCUUUGCCUGACUCCGCACAGAAGGGCGGAAAGGUCUUGGCCAGAACCAGAACACUCUACAGAAGCAGUGGACCUCCAAGAGAACAAGUCUUCUGGGAAGACUACAGCAGGAGGCAAAAGCAACUCGCUCAGGGACACUUCACCGCUGCUGGGAAGCCUUACCAGGAGCUUGGUGAGAUUCUCUACACAGACCCGAAGAAACUCACCCUCUACGCUCUGGGGCAGCUUGCAGAGGAACCAGUGAAAAAAGAAAUACAGGAAAAUCCACAUGAAGAAGUGGCUGAGGUUACUGCUAACAAAUACUUCUCCAACCCAGAGUCUGGUCCACCAGAAGCAGUGAAGAGAGUCUCAUUUAGAGAAACAGGAAAGGAGCUGAGGACUCUGAGUGACACUUUGGCUCGGUCAAGGCAUCACGUCAAUUCCAUGAAGCAGGGUGGAGAAUACUUUCACAUACUUCACCAAGAAUCACAGGAGAGGAAGAAUGUGCUGAGCCAGCAGGCUCAGGGUGUGAGCAGAAAUGACUUCCAGACACCCAAAUCCACCUCUGGUGCAGAGGACUCAGAGAAAGAAGCAACCACUUGUACCCUAAAAGAAGGCAACCACCUGAGGCUGUUAGGGAUGAAGAAGGUGACCUUACGCUCUUUUGCUUCUGUUCAUAACAGCAUCUUGGUUCCAAUCCCUGCUGGAGCAAAAAGUGAACAUCUUUUCCGACAGCUGUGUGCCAUCCACUGGCUUUUGGAAGCUUUGACUCUGGAGCCCGACACCUCAAUGCAUUCCAUAUUCACCUGCUGGAAUCCAAAGGACCCUGGUGGCUGUAAAAAAACAGUGGAAGAAAUGGAAGUAGAAAAGUUAGCAACAUGCAUGCAGGAACUCUUUAUUACAAGCACAAAGAAAUGCCCCCAGAAAGCACAGUACAGACUGCUUGCCAGGAAGAUAAACAAGACUUCUACACCAGGUAUCUCUCAGAUUAGCAGCCUGUCAUCUCUCCAGGGUCAAACCCCUUGUGGCAGUGAAACUUCCAGUGCAGUUUGGUCUGAAGACAACAGCGAGAUUAAUUUGACCACAUCUGAUGCUGUGAGUGAGUCAGCACAAGCUAAAGAGCAACCAUCUCUUUUCCUCUCUUUGCAGAAAAUGACUCAGAUGACACCUGAAGCUGUGUCAAAAGAUGGCCACAAACGAGGAGAGGUGGUGAAGAAGACUGGACUGCAGCAUGGGCUGCCAGCGGCUCAGAAGAACUACAGAGUAAAUAAGGACGAAGAAAGGAUAAUGCCUAGGAAGCAGAAACCCAGAAGGCAGGGUUGCCACAUCAGCUCGUUCAUAAAAAGCAAAGCUAACUUGUGUGCUGAUCUGAGGCAAAAGUUCACAGCAGUCAGUGAAGAAGCAGCUUCCUCUUUACAUGAUGCCCUGAUAAGACUGGAGAGGAGGCAGGAAGAACGAUGCUAUCAGAAAUACCAGGCUUUGAGAGAACUGAAGUAUUUCAGACAAGACAUGGAAAGAAUGAGACAGCUGAGCAUAAGAGAUAAAAGAGAACAUGACCAAAGUGGACUAAACUGGUUUCCUGUAUUGCUUGUCAGGCUUCCAGAGUCUGUGAAGAGUGACCAUAAAGUACAGAAAAUCUUAAAGAAACUUGAAAGAUACAGCAAGACUCCUGGCUUGAAAAUUCGUCCAGACACCUUUCUUAAGGUUCUGGCUGACCUGCAGGUGUGGGAGCUCUGUUGUCCAGAAAUUGCUGCAGCCGUGGAGUUUGUACGUGAAAGUGUUGUGCAGAUGCCAGAAGAGGACUUCAAUGAGUGGUUCCAGGCAAGAGUACCUCACCUCAGUGCACAGUCCUUCACCAUUUAACCAGCUAGAUGACUUUUGUCUUCAAGUAGAAAACUACUGCCUGCUGGAUCUGUCCCAAGGAAGACUAAAGAAGGGAAGUUAACUGAGUGGCCUCUCCUGUGCAACUGAAAUUUGUCCUUCUACAGUGCUCUGUGGGAAAUAAAAGCUCAAUACUGUUGCUCCUUCCUGUAUGAUGUCUUGGACACACCAUCAAAUUUCACCCCCAAUUAGCCAUGUAGGAUGAGUUUCUAAUCCCAGGUCAGACCAUUUCUUCAAAAUUCCUCUAAUGAUAGCUGUUGUACUGGAGCUAUCUUCUCAGUGCAGGUACACUGAUUUCCAAUGGCCUUGCCUCUGUUAGCUCUUUAAUUCAGCUCUCCUCUGCAAACAAUAUUCCAAGCCAAGGACAGUUAAAAGGUUAAAGACAAUUCCUUUUUGUAAUUCAGAUGGUUUUGCAUUUAGUUUAUUCUGCAUUUAUUAUGUGGUUAUGAAUGAAUUCUUGCCUUAUUAAAAUAUGUGUUGGAAAACAAAGCAUCUUUAGAUACAUUUUCCAGGUUUUCACCUGAAGGUGUUUUCCCCUGCUUGCCUCAGCAUCUUUGCUGUUGCCGUGCUGGUAACAGUAGGAUGACAGCCCUGAACUCCCAGACAGGGAUAAAUGCUUGACCUUUGUGAACCUGCCUGGGUUUAACCAUGUAUUCCAUAGUGGAUCUGAGUUGUUGGGUGAUGGAAUCAGGGAUGCAGCUUGGGUUGGUUGCUUGCUUCAUUCACUGGAGGGAUUCUUCAGGGUUUCAAACACUGAACUCCUAUUUCCUGCUGUCUGCUGUGUUCCCAGUGUCCUCCAAACCCUAUUCUCUCAGUGAAACUGAAUCAGAACAUUUCCUCACCACUAGUAGGAGGGCUGAAAGUUACUGUUGUCUGAGAAUUGUGUGGAUACUAGGAGGGCAAGUGUCACAGGGAAACUCCUCUUUCACCUCUCACCCUUCCUUUCCACUUCUCAAAUGUCCUGAAAUUGUCACCUCUGAUCUCUUUUCAUAGGAAAGAUUUCACCGUGGCAGAAAAGAAGCCAACCAUCCUGCUACAGCAACACCACUCCUCCUGCAGGGGUUUAAAGGGAGUCUGAUAUAAACACUUCUCUCUACCUUUCUUGGAGAUAGGAAGCAGAAAGGAUGUUGACUCAGGACCCCUUUCAACGGUGAGAAGCAAGAAAUGCUCUUUUGCUGCUGUGCUGGGGGAGAAAGGAAUUGGCAGGAUUCAUUCCACUCAACCAGCAAUCGAGUUCCAUGUUUUGAGGAUGCCACCACAGCUGACUGUGACUCUUCUCCUCUUUGUGGUAAG